CGCCUGCUGUUUUACAAGGCGACCUCGAUGCGAGCUUUUUUUCGAGCGAGUCUGGCACGAGGAAGGGACGAGUGGAAUGCGUCUGGGACCAAUCAGUAGGCGGAACAUCUGGAGCCUCUCAGCUGCUCCGUGGAGCGAUCCUGUUGAGCAAGUCCGUAAACAGCCGAAACAGCGAAAGCCAACACCUCGCUUCGAUUGCGCCACUCGACGAGGGCAAAAUGACAAUAAAACAACCGUCAUAAAUUGGAAGUGGACUUGGGAAAACGAACACAAUGCAAGGAUUGGAAUUGAGGAGGGCGAGUUGCUUCAUGUCACCAGAGAUCAUCCAAGCCCAAAAGUGAGCAGCAGUUGUAAUGGAGCGCUGUUGGCCGUGGCUGUUCCUGGUCACCGUGGGAACCACGUUCCUCUGCGCUUCGUGGGCUAAAAACCCUGAAUUCCCCUCCAACACGCUCAUUAAUAACGUGGUCCAAGACCCCCGCACGGGGCGGCUGUACGUGGGUGCCGUCAACGCCCUCUACCAGCUGUCGUCCGACCUGGCCACGGAGGCCCGCGUGGAGACGGGGCCCCGGCGGGACAACCGGCAGUGCACGCCACCCGUCACGGAUACCUGCGAGGAUGCAAGUGAGACGGACAACCACAAUAAACUUCUCCUGGUGCAUGGCGCCAAGGACAGGCUGGUGGUGUGCGGUAGCAUCUUCAGGGGCAUCUGCUCGCUCAGGAACCUCAGCAACGUGGAGCACGUGAUCUACUUCAGUGACAACAAGGGCGAGAAGUCGUACGUGGUGAGCACCGAGGAGAGUGUCUCGGUGGUGGGCGUCAUGUCCUACUUCACCAAGGAGAGAGACAACUUCACCGUCUUCCUGGUCGCUAAAGGCUAUGGCAGCCACGACAGCACCAAGCUAAUCUCCACCCGCAUCCUGCGGGACUAUGGCGAGUGGAACAUCUUCGAGAACAUCAUUGAUGCCUCGGCCGUGCAGGCCAACCCCUUUGUGCUGCGCUACCUGCACGACUUUCGCUUCGCCUUCAAGGACGGCCCCUUCGUCUACUUCCUGUUCUCGCGUACCCUCGGCUUGCAGGACACCAAAAACUUCACCUUCAUCUCGCGGAUGUGCGAGGACGACCAGAGCUACUACUCGUACACCGAGCUUCAGCUCAAUUGCAGCGCCACAAACAACUUCAAUAAAGUUCAGGCCGCCUACGUCACGACGCCAGGCGAGGUUUUGGCUCAGAAUCUGACCAGAUCGGGCCAGUAUGGACCUGUCCUGGCUUCUGACAAGGUUCUCUUUGUCACCUUCACCUCUGACGAAGACCCGACCACCUCGGCCAUGUGUAUGUACCCUCUGCGCGCCAUAAACACGAGGCUGCUGGAGAUCAUCGUCGCCUGCUACAGCGACGCCGGCCUCAUCGACGACAAGCCGGCCGUCUACUCGCCGUACUCCACCAAGUCGGGCGGGCUGUGCAGCAGCACAAAUCAGCACAACAUGGUGCUGAAGUACAAGUGCGGCGCCGAGUUCCUGCCGUCGCCGCUGGCCAGCAAAGCCGACGUGGCUCUGGUGGCCGAGCCCUCCCUGGUCCGCCAGGGAGUCAUGACUGCCGUGGCCGUGGCCGUGGAGAUGGGGCACGCCGUUGCCUUCCUGGGCACCGCCGGUGGAGAGGUGCUCAAGUUGCAUCUGUCACCCCACCCGGAGGUUUACGGCCGGGCGUCGGGCGCGGUGACGGGCGACAAAGUCAACAAGGAUUUGCUGCUGGAUGCUCAGCUGCAGCACUUGUACAUCACCAGCGAGAAGAAGAUCACCAAGGUUCCGGUGCAGUCGUGCCACCUGAAGAAGGACUGCCCGUCCUGCAUGGCCCUCAAGGAUCCCUACUGUGGCUGGUGUGUGCUGGAGGGAAGGUGCGCCAGGAAGCAGGAGUGCAGCAGGUGGACGGAGGAGAACACGUGGCUGUGGUCCCCCAACCAGCAGUGCGUGGAGAUCCAGGCCUUCGAGCCGCCCGACCUCAGCUGCCACAAGACGCAGCAGGUGGACAUCAGCAUUCCGGCGCUGCCCAGACUCAGGCAGUCGGACCGGCUGCACUGCCUGUUCGACGACUCGCCCAGCCGCGCCGUGGCGACGGGCAGCCCGGCCGUCGUCACCUGCUCCUUGCCGGACCCCGCCGAGAUCCCGGCCACUCCCGAGCAGCGAGACUACGUGUCGGUGGCGGUGAAAGUUGUGGUGAACGACAGAAUCGUGGUGACGUCGGGAGAAUAUCACUUCUACAACUGUGCCGCGACAGUCAGGAAGAAUCCCAACACACCGUGUAUUUCGUGCGUGACCAGCGAGUGGGGCUGCCAGUGGAACGCUCGCGAGCACCGAUGCAGCGACGCGGACGCCGCCGUGGACGGGAGUCACGUCAUCAAACCGCAACAGCCGGAGCACUGUCCUCAGUUCGGGUCACCGCAGCCGCUGCUGAUCCCCGCGGGCUUCGAGGUUCCCAUCAGCUUCCAGGGCAGAAAUCUCGACAUCUACUCGGGUCGCCGGUUCGUGAUGGGCACAGAGCUGAUGAAGCGGGCCGAGGAGGAGGUGACGCAGGAGCGCGGCUCCGACUUUAAGUUCCGAGGCUACAAGUUUUCGUACGACGAGCAGCAGGAAGUGAACGUUUCCUUCCACGUCAUCGAACGCGACACCGAGCGCAAGAUUGACAGCACGCUCACGGUGGUUUUGUACAACUGCUCGGUGGGCAGAGACGACUGCAGCUUGUGCAAACACGCCGACGCCAAGUACGAGUGCGUGUGGUGCGCCACCCCGCAGGCGUGCGUCUACCGACGACUGUGCCCGGCGCCGGCGCCCGCCUCGUGCCCCCGGCCGCAAAUCACCGACAUCGUUCCUCGCUUCGGGCCGCUGAACGGCAACAUCUCGGUGACUAUCAAAGGUUCCAACAUGGGCGUCAAGAAGGAAGACAUCAAGAGGAUCAGCGUGGCCGGCGUCAAGUGUCGACACCUGCCGCACAAAUACUCCGUCUCCACCAGCGUGGUGUGCGAGAUCGGGCCGGCGAAGCGGCCGCCCUCUGACCUCACGGUGGAGUCGAGCGACGGCGUGGUGGAGGUGGAAGUGGAAGGAGGGCGGACGGGGAGGUCUCAGGUGGUCUUCACCUAUCGCGACCCCAAACUGAAAACCGUGCAGCCCGGCAAAGGUCCGGCCGCCGGCGGGACCGUCAUCACCAUCGACGGGCAGGCACUGGACACGGCCACCAAAGAUGAUGUCACCGUGUCAGUGGGCGGAGUUCCGUGUCAAGUCCUUUCGUUCGGCGAGCGGAUCACGUGUAAGACGGGAAAGUACACCGGACAGAAGGUUCCGUCGGACGUGCUGCCGGUGAAGGUCAACUACGGGCAGGACACCAGCAAGGAGCUGGCGGCCGCCUUCCAGUACGCCGAGAACCCCAAGAUCAGCGGCUACGCCCCCAAGUCCAGCUUCGUGUGCGGCGGGCGACGGAUUGCGGUGACGGGAAACGGCUUCGACCUGAUCCAGAGGGCCAGCUUGAAGGUGGUGCCCGCCGUGGAUGACUUCUCGCAAGACAGCACGUCCGUGGAGUUUGUGCAGGAAUCGGUGAGCAAGAACGACAGCGUGGUGGAGUUCCUGUCGCCGGCGGUGGUCUGGAGCGACAGCCGCUCGCUGCGCACCGUCCUGCUGCUGGACAACAUGACGCAGGAGCUCAAGACCUUCACCUACCACCCGGACCCCACCUUCAACGAGCUCUCCAAGACCGUCAUCACCGAGACCAGCGUCAUCAGCGUCAUCAUCGUCACCGGUCGAGGCUUCGCCAAGGCCAUGACGGCCGUAGAGGCGCGGGCGUUUGUCGGGGACGCUUCGUGUAACGUCACCAUACUUCAGGAUGACAAGUUGAUCCUGGACGCGCCGUCGUCUCGGCCCCGAGCCGGAUCCCAACGGCAACGCCGAGACGCCGCCAACGACCCGCUGAAGUUGGUGGUGAAGUUCGGCCACGGCGAGUGGGCGGUGGGCUCCGUGUACUACGUGUGGAAGGACGACAUCCCGCUGGCCGUCAUCAUCCCCGCCGUCAUCGUGCCCAUGCUGCUCUUCAUCGCCGCGUCAGUCUACUGCUACAGGAGGAAGAGUCGGCAGGCCGAACGCGAGUACGAGAAGGUGAAGCAUCAGCUGGAGAACCUGGAGGAGAGCGUCAGGGAUCGAUGCAAGAAGGAGUUCACGGACCUGAUGAUCGAGAUGGAGGACCACACCAGCGAGCCGAGCGAGGCCCGCAUCCCCUUCCUGGACUACAAGACGUACACGGAGCGCAACCUGUUCCUGCCCUCCGAGGACGGCGCCGGGGCCGCCCCGGUGGCGACGGGCCGCUUGCGCAUCCCGGAGUCCCGCAGGGCCAUCGUGGCUCAGGCCCUCAACCAGUUCUCCAACCUGCUCAACAGCAAGCCCUUCCUCAUCAACUUCAUCCACACGCUGGAGAGCCGGCCCGACUUCAACGCGCGCGCCCGCGGCGAUUUCGCCUCCCUCCUGACGGUGGCGCUGCACGGCAACCUGGUCUACUACACCGACAUCACGCGGACGCUGCUCCUGGAGCUCAUGGACGAGCACGUGCACAACAAGAACCCCAAGCUCAUGCUCAGGAGGUCGGAGACGGUGGUGGAGAGGAUGCUGUGUAACUGGAUGUCCGUCUGCCUCUACCAGUUCCUCAGGGACAGCGCCGGCGAGCCGCUGUACAAGCUCUUCAAAGCGCUGAAGCAUCAGGUGGAGAAAGGACCGGUGGACGCCAAGGUGAAGAAGGCCAAAUACACGCUGAACGACACGGGGCUGCUGGGAGACGACGUGGAGUAUUCCGUACUGACCCUGCAGGUUUUGGUGCACGGGGAAGGCCCAGAUGUGACGCCUGUUAAGGUGCUCAACUGUGACACCAUUUCUCAGGUCAAAGAGAAAAUCAUUGAUCAAGUGUACAGGAAUCUCCCGUACUCGCAGAGACCAAAAGUGGAAAGCGUGGCGCUAGAGUGGCGCCCCGGCUCCACGGGUCAGAUUCUGUCCGACCUUGACCUGACUUCGCAGAAGGAAGGACGCUGGAAGAGACUCAAUACUUUGGCUCAUUACAACGUCCGGGACAACGCCACGCUGGUUCUGUCCAAAGUUUUGCACGCUCAGGCCUUCCACCAGCACCAAGACAGCUGCGAAGAGCGAAACGCCCUGCUGGAGGACGACAACACCUUCCAUCUGGUGCGAGCGGCCGACGAGCUGGACGAGGUCAAGUCCAAGCGAGGCAGCGUGAAGGACAAGUCCAUGACCAAAGCCAUCACCGAGAUCUACCUAACGCGCCUGCUCUCCGUCAAGGGCACGCUGCAGCAGUUUGUGGACGACUUCUUCCGCAGCGUGCUGUGCUCCAGCGUCGCCGUGCCGCCCGCCGUCAAGUACUUCUUCGACUUCCUGGACGAGCAGGCGCUCCGCCACGACAACGUGGACGAGGAAACGCUGCACAUCUGGAAGACCAACAGCCUGCCGCUGCGCUUUUGGGUGAACAUCCUGCGCAACCCUCACUUCAUCCUGGACGUGCACGUGAGCGAGGUGGUGGACGCGUCGCUGCACGUCAUCGCGCAGACCUUCAUGGACGCCUGCACCAAGACGGAACACAAGCUCAGCCGCGAGUCGCCUAGCAACAAGCUGCUCUACGCUAAGGAGAUCUCCACCUACAAGAAGAUGGUGGACGAUUACUACAAAGGAAUAAGACAGAUGGUUCCCGUCAGCGACCAGGACAUGAACACGUACCUCGCCGAGGUGUCCCGGCAACACACAGACGAGCUGAACACGCAGCUGGCCUUACACCAGCUGUACCAAUACGCCAGCAAGUACUACAACGUGAUCAUCCGGUCUCUGGACGAAGACCCGGCCGCGCAGAACCGACAGCUGACGCUCCGACUGCAGCAGAUCGCCGCCGCCCUGGAGAACAAAGUCACGGAUCUCUGAUACGCACGCCAAAACGUUCGAAAGAUGGCGGACAAGCCUUUUUGAGACAUUUUGGACCGAUCGGAGCGCUCGGCGGGACUGUUUCAUUUUGCCGACGUGGGACUUCCUGUGUGAGGGAGCCCUUCACGAUAAGUCACAGAAAGAUGUUCACGAACCCGCCAAAAGAAAAGCGCCACAUGAAGUCACAAGAUCCUGUCUGUCAGCUGGAAGACAAAACAAACAUUCGUUUGACCUUUCAGACGCUGACAAAAGACUCCAUCUUGAUCUUUUUCCCGUGCACUAUUUGCUCAUUUUAUAAUAAUCCUCUCUGUGGUACUUCUUGCUUGAAAUGUGAAGCUUUCUUUGAAGGUUUUCUUUGUCGUUUCUGAUAUUCAGACGCAUUUAGGAGCUCUUUACACACGUUUAUUUUACAGCUCGUCUCAGUCCCAUAUGUGACAUGGGGGGGGGGGGAGUAAAUUGUGCACACAAAAUACUCAUUUGUGGCCACAAAAUGUAAUACCUUUUCCCCCCCCACAUCAUAUUCUGCGGCUGUAUUUUUGUGAACUGAAUGUUUGUUUUGGCCGCCAUGAAGUGCCUUCAGGGGGAGCUGAUCUCAAAUGUGUUUUGUGUACGUUGAUUCUUUUCGAGGCCGUGGAAGCCUUUGAAUGUAAAAAAGAUGACGAAGAAGAAAGCGGUACUGACGUGUCACAAUCUUCAUUGUGGAAAAAAUAUUUUACGAUAUAAAGAUGUACCCUACGCACAAAUGUAUAAUUUGAAGUCCUUAAUUCGGUUUAAAGUACAAACAAAAUCAAUUUUCAUUUCUGGACAUUGUGCUGAGCAAAUGGAAUGCACCUUCUCCAGAAACGCUGAGUUAGGCGACUUCGUCUUGUGCAUUUUUCAGGUGAAAGUGCGCUUCAUUUGUGUACCCAGACAUCCCAAAUUGUGAAUGGGAAUAAGAUUAGUAUUUCAUGUACACGUUAUAUCGAUUUCAUGGCAAUGAAUGAUUAGUCACACAUUUUGUGCGCACGUAUUCCUAUAUUGUGGCCUUAAUAUAGUAUUUCGAACAAAUUAGUAUUUUUUGUGUUUCUUAUACUUAUUUCAUUGUCUCAAAUUAGUAUUUUGUGUGCAUGUUAUACAUUGUUUUUGGCCACAAAUUAGUAUAUUGUUGCUGCAAAGUCAUGUUUAGAACAAAUGAGUAUUUCGUGGCCACAAUUUAGUAUGUCGUGGCCACAAAUUUGUAUUUUGUGCGCACAUUACAUCUGUAUUAUGGCUCCAAUUUCUAUGUUUUCCCUCCAUAUCAUAUCUGAAGCCACGGCCACUUUGAUCCCCGAUGACUAUUUCAGGGAAUAAAAGUGUUGGAAAAGAAGCAAAUGGAGACAAGACACGCUUCCGCGAGCACAAAUCGGCAAACCACGUGACUAAAUGGCCAAGAUCCUAAAAAUUGCCAAUAAAAUAAAAGAUGUUUAUACAGA